GAGAUUCCCUGACGUAUUCAGGUGUUUCCGACGUAUAUAUAUUCUUACAUAUGGCGUCGUUGGCUCUGACUUCUCCUCCCGCCGUUAAGAUUCCGUCGUAUCUGUCAUCGUCUUCUUCGUCUCUUUUCUCUCGUUCCUCGAUUUCCUUCAGGAACACUGAGUCUCGCUCUCGAAUCUGCGUUUCUGGUUAUGCGAAAUGCAAUUUGCCUAAGGCAUUAAACGGGAACGCUCGUAUUCCUAUUAUCAAUGAGACGACAAUUCCAAAGUUCUUUGAUUCUUCACGGUUGGAGAAAUCGGUUAGUAGAAACAAUACUAAGCUGAAGUUGUUCUCUGGUACUGCUAAUCCAGCUCUAUCUCAGGAAAUUGCUUGGUAUAUGGGCUUGGAACUUGGGAAGGUUAGCAUAAAGAGAUUUGCUGAUGGAGAGAUUUACGUUCAGCUGAAAGAGAGUGUUAGAGGUUGUGAUGUCUUUUUGGUGCAGCCUACUUGCACUCCAACUAAUGAGAAUCUUAUGGAGCUUUUGAUCAUGGUGGAUGCUUGCCGAAGAGCAUCAGCUAAGAAAGUAACAGCCGUGAUUCCGUAUUUUGGAUACGCAAGAGCUGAUAGAAAGACACAAGGGCGUGAAUCCAUUGCUGCCAAAUUGGUAGCAAAUCUUAUAACAGAAGCCGGUGCAGAUCGGGUUCUGGCUUGUGAUCUUCAUUCAGGACAGUCCAUGGGUUAUUUUGACAUACCAGUGGAUCAUGUCUAUUGCCAGCCUGUGAUUCUUGAUUAUCUUGCUAGCAAGUCAAUUUCCUCUGAGGAUUUGGUAGUGGUUUCUCCUGAUGUUGGUGGAGUAGCUAGGGCACGUGCAUUUGCUAAGAAAUUAUCUGAUGCGCCACUCGCCAUUGUCGAUAAAAGGCGUCACGGCCACAAUGUUGCUGAGGUCAUGAACCUAAUCGGUGAUGUUAGAGGGAAAGUGGCAGUAAUGGUGGAUGACAUGAUUGAUACCGCUGGAACCAUUGUGAAAGGAGCAGCUCUUUUACAUGAGGAGGGUGCACGUGAGGUUUACGCUUGCUGUACACAUGCGGUUUUCAGUCCACCUGCGAUAGAGCGGUUAUCAAGUGGUUUGUUGCAAGAAGUGAUAGUGACGAAUACUUUACCAGUAGCGGAGAAGAAUUACUUCCCGCAGUUAACGAUUUUAUCGGUGGCUAAUCUUCUGGGUGAGACCAUUUGGCGUGUCCAUGAUGAUAGCUCCGUUAGUAGCAUUUUCCUUUGAUACUUUACUGGUUUUUGUUGAUCAGUUUUGAUGUUCGGUUUAGGAUCGGUUUAAAAAUUACUCCUUUUUUUUCUACUUCUUCUUCACAGUUUCUAGUCUAUCUCUAACCAUGUUUUUACUUCUCUUUCUCACCCACACUAUAUGUCACUGAGUUCUAUCUUUUCUUCUUUUUAGUAUAGAGGAGUUAUUGAUAUUAAAAUGAGAAUAUUUUG